CAUACGAAAUAAGCACUCAGAAUUUUGCACGCAUCAUCACUAAAAGCAAUAAGUAUUUUGUACACAAUUAAUGGAGUGCCUUGUGAAACUUGUGGAUAAGAAUCUAUACAUACCAUGAAAUGGAUUCAUCUUUGUUUUUGCCAUUUCUUUGUGUAUAUAUAAGCAGGCCUCAUAGCUUCUUGAUCUCUCACUGUAAAUGGUUUAGAACUGCUGCAACUGCAGAGAGAGAGAGAGAGAGAGAGAGAGAGAGAGAGAGAGAGAGAGAGAGAGAGAGAUGGGGGACCAAACAUGCUGUGGGAUGUUGCAUCUAGGGUUGAAAAAGGCCAUGCCAUAUUUGCUAAUGGUGGGAUUGCAGUGUGGGUCUGCUGGGAUGUACAUAAUAAGUGAUGCUACCCUCAAACAAGGGAUGAGCCGUUAUGUGCUCAUCGUUUACCGCAAUGCCAUUGCUGCAAUCUCUCUCGCGCCCUUCGCGUUUUUCUUUGAAAGGCAAAUAAGGCCAAAGAUGACAGUCUCAAUCUUCUUAAAGAUCAUGGUCCUGGCCAUUCUAGAGCCAAUUCUUGAUCAGAACCUAACUUAUUUGGGGAUGAAUCUGACUUCGGCAUCGUUUGCUUCUGCCAUAAUGAACGCCGUUCCUGCUGUGACCUUUGUCCUUGCAGUUAUUCUCCGAUUAGAGCAAGUGAAGAUUAAAGAAGUGAGAAGCCAAGCUAAGGUAAUGGGAACCCUACUAACAUUUGCAGGAGCCCUGAUCAUGACCAUAUACAAAGGCCCAAUCAUCAAUUUCAUUUGGUCCCAAAAAGCUAGCCAUCUUGUGCAAAGCAACGACCCCUCGGACAAGCACUGGCUCACUGGGACCCUCUGUAUUCUUGUUGGUUGUUUUGCAUGGGCCUCUUUCUUCAUUUUGCAAUCGAUAACGGUAAAAAAGUACCCGGCAGAGCUAUCUUUGGCUUUCUGGAUAUGCUUGAUGGGCGCAGUGCAGAGCGCAGCGCUAACCCUGGUGGCCGAGCAUCAUCCUGGCAUUUGGGCAAUCGGCUGGAACUCCAGACUCCUUGCUCCUGUUUAUACGGGAAUAAUUAGCUCCGGAAUCACAUAUUAUGUCCAAGGGCUUGUGAUGAAGACAAGAGGACCGGUGUUUGUCACUGCCUUCAACCCACUUUGCAUGAUCAUUGUUUCUGUCUUGGGUUCCAUCAUUUUAGCAGAGAAAAUCCACCUCGGAAGUAUUAUUGGAGCUAUCAUAAUUGCGAUCGGCCUCUACGCUGUCGUUUGGGGCAAAGGCAAGGACCGUCUUAGUCCCGUACAGCCCUUGACCGACGGGAAAAAGGUCGGUGCUGGGGAGUUGCCCAUUUCCACAGCAGACAUAACUAAACCGGCUGAAGAAGGAGCGAAAAUUGACAAACUUGUUGAAGCCUCGGAUGGUCCGAUGAAAAUUCUCAAAUUACACAAGUAGCUGUUUUAUCUCUUUUCUUUUUAUGCACCUUCCUCCUAUACUUUUGUGUUGUUUAAUUAUGUAGAGAAAUUCCGUUUGGUACUUUCAAUUCGAUCCGAACCGUUGGUUGUAUUUUUGGACGGCCCGGAUGUGCGCGAAGGGUACCAUGCAGUACCCAAUUUGUAACCAAGAAUUUGGUGUGUAUCAUGGCUUGGAAAUAAAAUGUUGUCGCUGAAGAGUUAGUGAAA